UCCAAUUCAUCUCUCUUUAUUAGAGAUCCUAUUUCCACCAGUCUAUUCUUUUCCGUCAUGAGGCCUUUUCUAAUGGGCUUCACGAGCAAUGCCCUUCUCUUGUAGACUAUGAUCUUCAAGAAGCCAACUUUCGCCCUUUGCUCCAGUCUUCCCGCCUUGCUUCCAUCGUCACACUCCUGUUAUGGCAUAACGUCAUCGUCAUGUAGUACGAACACGCGAUGGCCUCCGUGUCAAGAGCACGGCUACAUCUCCUCGCGCCGACGAUGCUAUGCUACGGUUUCCGACGGGUCCAAGAAGUCGGCUGCCUCUUCUAACGAGCAUGCCUGGCCUGAGUCGCCACACCCCACUCCCUAUGAGAUCUUCGACCAACAGAAGAGUGCGCCAUACAGCAAGACCAAAUUCUAUGAAUUAGUCAAGCUCUAUCAUCCUGAUAGGCACCAUCACGUGUCAACUCACCAGCUGUCGCAUUCCGCCCGGCUUGAGCGUUACCGCUUAGUCGUUGCUGCAAACCAGAUUCUUAGCGACCCGUCCAAGCGACGAGCCUACGAUUUGCACGGCGCGGGAUGGGGCGGAAUGCGAAGCAUGGAAAAUCUCUACCGAUCCGUCGACAGGUCUUGGCGCGACGUUCCUGGAAAUCCAAGCAUGAACGCCACGUGGGAGGACUGGGAACGAUGGUACAAUGAAAGGGACGGGAAGAAGGAGAAGCAAAGUCCUGUUUAUAUGUCUAACCAGCUAUUUGCCGGCGUGUUAUGCAUAUUCGUGGUUAUCGGAAGCGUGGGCCAAGCGCGCCGCGCAAAUUCAAAUACGACAAACUUAGUUGAAAUGAGGGAGCAGAGUCAUGCGACUAUUAGUCACGAUAUAAGACAGCGUCAGACCGAGCAGGCGACCCUCAACAGACAUGAGAGAGUAGAAAGCUUCCUGCGACAGAGGGAGGGUUGGGCUUUGGCCGCAACGGAAACCCCCCGCCCGGUAUCAGCUUCUAAUGAGAAAUAAGAUCUCGGCUCUCAACAGCGAGUCUCCAUCGAAUAAAAUCUAGGUAUUCAAUUGAGAGGGAGACACGGUGGAUUAGUCUUAUCGACAUAUGUACCUUACCUACUGUAACUAUUUCAAACAUGAUAUGAUAGGUAGAUAUACCUAAUCCACCGCGUCUCUCUCGCA